CGGCACUGAGCGGGAUCCCCGCCGUGAGGGGCCCCCUGUGAGACUGGGGGGGCCCCCGCGGGGGUGGCGGGGUCCCCCCGAGGGCGCGGGGUGGCUCGGCGGCGACAGCGGCAGUUUCCGCGGUUCUCGGCUCCCCGGGCACGGUGAGGGGCGGGCAGGUGGGCGAUGAAUGGUUUCAGCACCGAGGAGGACAGCCGGGAUGGGCCUCCCGCAGCCCCCUUUUACGGCCAGAGCUGCUGCCUCAUCGACGACGGGGACCGCUGCGUGCGCCCCGCCGGCAACGCGUCCUUCAGUAAGAGGAUCCAGAAGAGCAUCUCACAGAAGAAGCUGAAGCUGGACAUCGACAAAAGUGUGAGACAUCUGUACAUUUGUGAUUUUCACAAGAACUUCAUUCAAAGCGUCCGAAACAAAAGGAAGAGGAAGACGAGUGAUGAUGGGGGUGACUCUCCUGAGCAUGAGACGGAUGUCCCGGAGGUUGACUUGUUCCAGCUCCAAGUGAACACGCUGCGACGCUACAAGAGACAUUACAAGUUGCAGACGAGGCCUGGACUCAACAAGGCUCAGCUAGCAGAAACUGUCAGUCGUCACUUCAGGAACAUUCCUGUGAACGAGAAGGAGACACUUGCAUAUUUCAUCUACAUGGUAAAGAACAACAAGAGCAGGCUGGACCAGAAAUCAGAAGGUAGCAAGCAGCUAGAAUGAAGAUUAGCAGGAGCUGGAAUAAGAGAGAGACCUUGCAGGAACAGACGGUAUUGUGUAUUUGAGGUAUAUAAAAGAAAACUGUUGAAGCAUAUUGUACAUUGUUGGGGUUUUUUAAAUGCAGUUAAGUCUGGAUGACAGGAAAAAAAAAAUUACACAGACAUUCUUAUCAGGAGUAUCUGCAGACAUGUGCCCAGCAUGCUUCUGAAGACUUCUUCCUCUCAUUUCAAAGUUGCUUUGAGACAAAGAAGCGAGGAUAAUGAGGAAACCAAGUAGACUGGCAGGACUGUGGAGUUUGUCAACUCAGCGUUUUGAACCGUUUCUGGAGAUCUGCCUCUCGGUGCAAUUCAGAGCACAGAUGGAAUUUUGUCACCGAGUUCAGCCUGCGUCCCCAGCCAGCACACCGUUCGUCCUGGCACGGGACUGGAACAGCGGCAGAGAGAAAAUCCAUUCUCGAGCUGCACGGGUCCGAAGUUUGUCUGAAGCUUGCUCCCCACCGACACUUGCUCUGUCUUGCCUUGAGUCAGUGCUUCAAGUCCCAAACUUCUACAAAUGCUCCAGCUCACCAAAUCCACUCUAGUGAACACUACUUGAUUAGUCUGAAAUUGGUUGGCUUUUUUUAAGCAU